AGAACAUAAAAAAAAAAGUAGAGAAUUAAGUGACGCACACUCUGACCCUAGUCACUAGGUCACGCUGGUAUUCUUCUUGAAGAAGAAAGGACGCUAGGGGUUUUUAUUUUUUUUAUUUUUCAUUUCAUUCACGCUUCAGUUCAGUUCAACCCAAGGUUUUGAUUUUUCUUUUAAAAGAUCAUGGCGAAGAAAGUACGUGCUGUGGGAAUAGACCUAGGCACAACCUACUCAUGUGUCGCAGUAUGGCAGGAACAACACAGCAGAGUAGAGAUUAUUCACAAUGAUCAAGGCAACAAAACCACUCCUUCUUUUGUUGCUUUCACUCCAGAUGAAAGGUUGAUCGGUAAUUCUGCUAAGAACCAGGCUGCUACCAACCCACAAAACACUGUCUUUGAUGCUAAGAGGCUGAUUGGUAGAAAGUUUAGUGAUUCUGUUGUUCAAAAAGAUACCAUUUUGUGGCCAUUCAAAGUCAUUGCUGGUGUUAAUGAUAAACCAAUGAUUUCCGUUAUGUAUAAGGGUGAGGAGAAACACGUGUAUCCCGAAGAAAUAUCAUCUAUGAUCCUCUCAAAGAUGCGGAAUAUUGCAGAGGAAUAUUUAGAAUCACCGGUUAAAAAUGCAGUUAUCACUGUCCCUGCUUAUUUCAAUGAUUCUCAGCGAAAAGCCACAGUUGAUGCUGGUUUCAUUGCUGGGAUUAAUGUUUUGCGGAUAAUCAAUGAACCUACUGCUGCGGCUAUUGCAUAUGGCCUUGACAAGAGAGCUGAUUGGGCCGGAGAACGAAAUAUUUUUGUCUUUGACCUUGGUGGUGGGACUUUUGAUGUUUCUCUCCUUACAAUUAAGGGUGAGGUCUUUGAAGUUAAGGCCACUUCUGGGAACACUCACCUUGGAGGAGAGGACUUUGAUAAUAGAAUGGUGAACUACUUCGCAAAGGAGUUCGAGAGGAAGCAUAAGAAGGAUAUUAGUGAGAACCCAAGAGCCAUGAGGAGGUUGAGAACUGUGUGCGAGAAGGCAAAGCGGGCACUCUCUUUUUCUUCUGUGGCUGUGGUUGAGGUAGAUUCUUUGUAUGAGGGAAUUGACUUCUUCUCAUCAAUCACUCGUGCCAAGUUUGAGGAAAUCAAUAUGGACUUUUUUAAAGAGUGCAUGAGGAUUGUUGAAAGUUGUCUUACUGAUGCUAAGAUGGACAAGAGUAGUGUGCAUGAUGUUGUCCUUGUUGGGGGAUCUUCUAGGAUUCCCAAAGUGCAGCAGUUAUUGCAGGAAAUUUUCAAUGGGAAGGAUCUAUGCAAGAGCAUCAACCCUGAUGAGGCUGUUGCUUAUGGUGCAGCUGUGCAAGCUGCUGUGUUGAGUGAUGGCUUUAAGAAUGUUCCAGACAUGGUGCUGCGAGAUGUUACACCAUUGUCACUAGGUUGGAUGCUAGAAGAUGAUAUUAUGGGUGUGGUGAUUCCGAGAAACACUUCUAUUCCUGUUAAAAAGACAGAAGAAUUUUACACGGUUUUUGAUAGCCAAUCCAGCGUCCUUAUUGAUGUUUACGAGGGUGAAAGAACGAGGGCGAGCUGCAACAAUUUUCUUGGGUCUUUUCAACUUUGUGACUUACCCCUUGUUGCUAAAGGACAUCCUUUCCUUGUAUGCUUUGAUAUUGAUCAAAAUGGCAUCCUAACCGUUUCUGCUAAGGAAAAAUGGACCGGUAAUAUGAGUAAGAUUACGAUAACCAAUGACAAAGGAAGGUUGUCGACCAAAGAAGUUGAAAAACUGAUUCAAGAAGCCGAGGAUUACCGUGUUGAAGAUAUGAAAUUCUUAAGGAAGGCUGAGUUAUUGAAUAAAUUGGAUGAAUGCAUUUACAAAAUGAGAAAUGAUAUGAAUCUCAACUCGGAAGAAAAUGAGAAUAUCAAUUCUUUAAUUACAAUGACAGAAAAUUUGCUUCAUGAGGAUCAUCCGCAAAUUGGAAUAGAUGUUCUUGAGGAUAAUCUAAAGAAGAUUCAGAGUAUGUCGGAGAGCAUUAUAUCCAAGACUCGCUAGUUUCCUUAUCUUUGCUAUCAGUUAAGAUUUCAAUUAUUGUGUUGCAGUUCUGUCCGCGAUGAAUACAAACCUUUAUGACAAUAUCUAGCAGUUAGCAUUUUGAUGAAAUUUAUGUUGAACACUAUAUCUAGCAGUUAACCUUUAUGAUUUGAAUGCAUUCAUUUGAUAGGGUGAA